CAGAAACGACCAAAAAAAACGUUCACUUUCAUUUUCCCCGCAUGAUGUUAUUUUAAUGUAGGCCAUUAAACGGGUCCAUGUUUUCCUUCGAGGUGGCCUAUGUCACACGAGCUUUGUCGUACAAUUUAGGAGUCACAUGUUGCAGUUUGGCGUGCAUAAGUUAGAGGGCAGACCCCGUGGCGCGCACGCUAUGUAAAUUUGGUGGCGCACACGCAGCCAAAGACGGAGUAACAAAUCAGGAAUUUCCCUCCUGCCACUCCUGAGAGCGCAAGAGAGGACAAACGUUGAAGUGGUUCUCCUCAGAGAAGCACGAACAGCCAUCGCGGGACCUUCUUACCUUUUUGUACUUUUCCACCGCGGUUCAUCGUCAGCGAAGUUGUAUUUUCUUUCCUCGCGAGUUUUGCACGCGGCCCUCAACUUCGGAGAGCGUUUCAUGGAAGUAACGGUGCGGCAUGCGAGGACGAUUUUAGUGAGUGGAACGGCCGUGUUUGAUUUUUGCCAAGCUUGGAGUCGCAGUGGAUUGCCGUAGGAGUUUUUUUAACGGCUCGCCUGGAGAGAGAUUUGGAUUAAGUGAGAAAAAGCUUGUGUGUGGAAUAAUAAAACAAACAAAAAAAAGGCGUCUAGAAGGAUGCUGCUGCUUGUACGAUGGAAGUGAAGAACUUAAUUGCUUUUGCGGCGCUGGUUUGUCUCCUUCUGAGCUUCGCUGAGAGCCAAAAACUGCGUCCCAAAGGCAGAAAUGUGUGCAAAGCAACCGGAUCUCCGGGGUUGGUGUGCUGCAGCGGAUGGGCUCAGCUAGGGGAUGAAUGCCUUACACCACUCUGUGAAGGCAAUUUCACCUGCAAGGAAAACGAGGUGUGCGUCAGACCUAACGAAUGCCGCUGUCGCCAUGGAUACUUCGGAGCCAGCUGUGACACAAAGUGUCCCGCCCAGUUUUGGGGCCCUGACUGCAAGGGUAAAUGCAACUGUCACCCCAACGGCCAGUGCGACGACUUGACGGGCAAGUGCACGUGCAACCACAAUCGUUGGGGGCCCAAUUGCGAGAACUCCUGCAUGUGCCAAAAGGGCAAAUGCGACCAGGACACGGGCUUCUGCACGUGUCACCCGGGGUUCUGGGGCCCUCAGUGCAACAACAACUGCUACUGCAGCGUCAACUCCAUGUGCGACCCGAUGACGGGACGCUGCCUGUGCAGCCCCGGCUGGACGGGGAGAAACUGCGCCAUCCAGUGUAACUGCAACAACUCGCCAUGCGACCAGUUCACUCAGCGUUGCCACUGCCGAGAUAGGAUGUGGGGCCCCAGGUGCGACCGCUACUGCCAGUGCAUCCACGGCAAGUGCAACCAGGCGGACGGCACGUGUACCUGCACGCCGGGCUACCGUGGGAAGUUUUGCAGAGAGCCGUGCCCCGCUGGCUUCUACGGGCAGAACUGCAGGAACAAGUGUGGCCACUGCAAGGGCCAGCAGCCGUGUAAGGUGACGGAGGGACGCUGCGUCACGUGCGACAGAGGCUGGAACGGGACGCGCUGCGACCAGCUCUGCUCCAAAGGCUUCUUCGGGGAAAACUGCCAGGAAGUGUGUCCCACCUGUAAGGACGGCCAUCACUGUGACCACAUUCAGGGCAAAUGCUCGCAUUGUAACCCUGGCUGGAUUGGGGACAGGUGCGAGGUGCGCUGCCCCAACGGCACGUACGGAGAUAAUUGUGAGAACAACUGCAGUCACUGUUUCAACGGGAACUGUCACGGCGUCACCGGAGAGUGCCUGUGUGACCCGGGAUUUUACGGAACCUACUGCAAUCUGACCUGUCAAGCCGGACAACAUGGAGUGAACUGCAAUCAAACUUGCUCCUGCCAUGACAAGAACUGCGACCCAGUUUCUGGUGCCUGCUAUCUCCAGCCUAACCAGCGGAUGGGUGUGAUCGCGGCCGGGACGCUCGUCUCCUUUUUGCUGAUCGUCCUGCUCGCUGUGCUGUGCUGCUGCUGCCUCUGUCGGCACAAAGACGACCACAACAAAAAAGCCAAGCGGAUCCUGUGCGGACGAUUUAGCCGAAUCAGCACUAAACUUCCCCGUAUUCCACUGAGGAGACAGAAACUGCCAAAAGUAGUUGUAGCCCACCACGACCCCGAGCACAACUUCAACUGCAGCUUCAUCGAGCCCCCCUCGGUGGCCGAGCAGCCUUCCCCUUACUCCUGGUCCUCCCAGGAGUCCUUCUCGUCAUGUGAGAGCGGCGACGAGAGCCCUGUGUACUGCGUACCCCAUGAAGAAUCUGCGAACGAAAGCAAGGAGAAGCGCAGCCACAGUCCAGAAACGGAGAAGCCAGAAGCUGCCCCCAUUGAUGAGGAUGGAGGAGAGUACACCUCCCUAAAGGAUUCCGGUGUCGGUAAACCAGACGGCGGUGAUCAACCCGCGACGAAGUCCUCGGACAGCGAAGGCUCAACCAGCGGUUCAGAGUACGCGGCCGCAACCCUAUACGCCCGUAUCGCCCGCCUCUCCAAGCAGUCCAAGGAGGAUGAAAAUAGCGGCAGAGACGGAGACUUACCGAACCCAGAGUACAAACGCAACGGAAAACCACCACCAUCACCCGGUAGGCCCAAGCCAAGACCACCAGACCCAUCAACCAAGCCGAAGGUAUCGUGGAUCCACGGAGGCACUCCCCAGCCGGACCAGCAAGGGCAGGGGGCCACGAAAGCACCCGCCGUUCCGAAAGAGAAAAAGCGUAGCUCCAGUGAUGUCUCAGCCAAGAGUGAGAAGAGCGCUGACCAGCAAAAGAAACAAGAAGUUGACACCAACGGCUCGCCCGGUAAACGCAAACCUUUGCCAGGCAAGAGGUCUCGGGAUGAGCACAGCAGUCCCAGUCACAUGGAGCACAUCAACGGCGUGGUCCAGAACGCCCUCAGGAAGAUCAGUAGCUUCCACAGUUCUUCAUCUGAGAAGAAGAGCGCCGACACCUCCAAGGAGAACCCCAAGGAACCUCCUAAAAGCCCGAAGGUCAUCCAUCCCCACAUGAACUCUGAGGCUGCCACCCUUUUGGCUGCUCAGCUCAAGGAGAAAACCCAAAGCAUCAACAGGAACGAAGGGACGGGCCUGACCAAGACCAAUGGACUAUCGACGCCCAAGGGAACCCGGGAGAGGCCCACUCCUCCGCAGAAGGCCAAGAGGACCCCUUCCACCAGCUUGAGCCAGCAGGGCUCCACUAAGCCACUGCUUCCCACCUCCAGCAGCCUCCAAAAGAUGGUGGCGCCCAUCACCACUGACCACGGGACCCCUGAAGCCAAGAGCCCGGAAAAGCAGGACUUGAACGGCUCGAGGACGGGGGACCUGGCGGCGGAUGUUGCGCCCAAGAAGACUCCCAUUAAAAAGCCACCGAGGAAGAAAGGCAAGGAGGCUACUCUGGAGACGCCGGAGAGCAAAACACCGCAGCAAAAGACAGCUAUCAUGCCACCCCAGAUCGUCAAGUAAGUGUGAUUCUUCCACAAGUUGGCAGCGUUUGUCUGCAAAGGGACUAAACGUGGAUUUGUUUGAAACUGACAUCAGGGCCUACCAAGAACAAAGCAAGUUUUAAACCAAAGAUCGUCAGACAGUGUAUCAUAUCUGCAUGCACCUCAUCAUCUGUAUCGCUUUCAAACAACAACCUGUGGCUAAUGCUGCAUUCAAGACAACUGGGAAUUUGGUCCGACCUUAUUCUUAGCCUAGUCACCCCCCCACCAAAAAAAAAACAAAAAACAAAGCUGCCUAAUCAACUACAGUCAAAUCUCGGUUUUCGAACGUCUCUGUUCUCAACCAAAAAUUUGUAUUUUUUUUUAUGCCUCGGAUUACGACCGAAAAUCGGUUCUCGACCAAACUGAGCACACUUGAAUGCACCAUUUGACUCCGCUCGCCUUCCUUACACGAGGAAGUGACGCUUCCUCGUGUAGCGUUCCUUUGUGAGCAGACGUGUUCAAUAAAGAUAUUUUUUUUAUAAUUUUUUCGAAACAAAUCGGUUUUCGAACAGAUUAUGGUUGAAAACCGAGGUAUGAGGUAUUUUAUGUUGAGAGGGAAGAAAUUUAAUCUGUGCUGUAUUUUACACAUACAGUACAUUUGACAAUAAAGUUUAUCCAAUCCAAUGAAUGUACUUUGUAGUAUAGAGAGGUGGUGCAAAUCUUCACUGAAAGACGAUUCAAUACGUAUCUCGAUACGCGAGUUGCGAUACGAUUCAAGGACGGAUUGAUUUCAAAGUGGGUUUAAUUCGUUCAGCGGGAUUAUGAUUCCAUUCGAUGUGGUACGAAUCAGUUCGAGAGGGUAUAAUACAAUGAAUUUCUUGUCAUUUUACGUAUGGAUUAACUUGUCAGUUCUGUGGGUGAUUCUCUCGGAUCAAACUCAUCUCUGCACAGCUUUUCAACAGACAAGGCGAUGUGAGCUAGCUUGUCGGGAUACAUCACGUUCCCCUAAAACUAAAGUCAUUAUCUGUCACACUUUUCCACUAGUUUGAAGUUGUCGAAAUGUGUGACUUCCUAGUUGUUCAGAAUGGAGCAUUAGUCUCGAAAUUUACAAGUAUUCAACAUACUGGUUCCUUUGAAGAUUACAAACUAUUCUCAUAUUUCUAUGGACCAGCAAACACGAUUAAAAAACACGAAACUCUUUUUUAACCUGUUUAUAGCCAACGCAAUGAUACUUUACAAAUGGGGUCAGUAAAGUUUACCAAAAAAAGACGUAGAUUUGUGUUCUUGUCGGGAAUUUACAGACAUGUUUGCCGUCCAGAUGCUCCUGGCCUAUAUACAGAAAGUCCGUUUGCUUUCUUGUGAUGUAUAGUGUUUCACUUGUUCCGAACUGUGAAAACAAAUCCAACCACGUAGAAAAAAAGCUCCAAGUUUACAAAGUCGUCAGCAGAUUCGGAGCAGAUUUUCUCCAUUUGGAGUGUCUGGACCAGCACCGAAUCACCAGAAUGUUGCUCUCGGGCCAGAAAUCAACAUAGUAAGCUGAAAUCCCAAGCUGCGUGAACUUUUCAUCAUGCUUAUAAAACACUUGAAAGCGUCCAUUUUCCAAACCACAGUCAUCUGGAGUUGGCGCAAGCUGCGUUUAAUAAGACAAAACCACAGUCUAAUGUUUUGUCUACCAACGCAUGUGUCAAGUCACGACCGUUCUCUCGAAAACCGAUCAAUCAAUGUGAUCGGAACCCUUUGUGUUGUCUGUUGGUGUCAUCACGUUACAAUAAAGACCAAAAGAAAAAAAUAUUUUGGCUGUAAAAAUCAUGCUGCCAUUGAAUGCUGAAGAAACAAGCUGCUUUUUGGGAUGAAACUUAACGUAGCGUGUCGGAAUGUGCCUCGACUGUGGAUCAGUUUAAGCAAAAAUAGCUUUUUAGCUAGCCUCCAUUGCGAUAGUAGCUUGUUAGCUAGUUUUGCUAGUUAGCUUGUUUGUGUGCGUUUGAAGCAAAAGGUGGAAUCACAGGUACUCAAACUGGAAGGAUUCGUGUGUUGUUGUUGUUGUUUUUUUUUUUCCAAGAGGAAUCGGUUCUUUGUUCAGGGUGUUGGCUAGCUACGUUGAAAGUUUGUCUUUUUAAAAGGUACAAAUUCGUAUGUUACUUUUUGCGGCUUUUCCAACAUGGAUACAUUGUGUACUUUUUACUUGUUAUCUUUGUAAGCUGUGCUUAUAUGACCCUCUGUGUUUUUGUUUUAUUUUUCUCUGUGUGUGUGUCAAUGAACUGGCUUUCAUGUUUUAUGUCACGAAGGAGGAUGAGGUCCACGCUGGAAAGAAAAAUUGUGAAAUGACGAGAAAAAGUAGUCUGUGCGUAUUCCCUUACAAUGCUUCUCGUUGACAAAGGUCAAAAAAAGGGGUGAUGUCAGUUUAGUUCUUUCUCAGGAACGCCCAAACGUUUGCACAAGCACAUUUCAUUGUUUGGCAAACUUAAAAGCAACAUUGUGUCAUAAUUUCAAACAGUUCCUCGAUGUUUUUAAAAAUGGGGCAAAUUGUUCAUCGGAAGCUAAUGUGAGCUGAUCUGGGCGUCCAUCCAGCUCCGCUUACACUAUGCCUUUGUACUGUUUGACCACUCUGCGUCCAGACUGCAAAUGAACAUCGCUUCACCGAAGCCUCAACCAAUUCAUAAUUCAACUAUGACCUAAUCCUCCUUCGUACUGUUGCUUUUUUUAAAAAUACAUUGUUGUUCUCUAUUGAUGUUAUUGUUUGUGGAACACUUAACUGCAUGAUGCAGAGUAUAAUUACAUGGCAUUAACAGCUACACAGGAAAACUGUAACCCCCAACCUGUCCUUUUCCAUACAACGAACUCAUUACGGAAAUGAUUGUACCAUACGAUGAGAUGAUACCACUGACCUGACCCUCACCAUUGCAUACUUAAAACCAUGACGUGUAAUAAUGAAGUGGCAAUUUUUCAAUUUGA